AUGAUCGACGUCUCUCUUUUUGCACCUGAUAUUCCCCAGUUCAGUAUUGAGCCCUUGCCUCCUUUGCGCCUCUCACCCCACGUUGUUGGGAGCGCCAGUCCCCCUGGGUUCUUCAUCGAGGCUGGCGCUCUGGAUGGACAAUACCUCUCUAACACGCUACACCUCGAGAAGGUGUACGGAUGGCGAGGGUUGCUGGUGGAGGCCAACCCAAGUGCUUACCAGCAACUUGUGAAGAAAAACCGUAAAGCUUGGUCGUCCAACACUUGCCUUGCAGUAACUCCCUACCCAAAGGAGAUGGUGCUGGAGAUGCUGGACACACACGAGGGCACAGAGACCACUCAGGCACUGUGGGUGAUCAGAGGCAGCUCCUUCCUGAGUGAGGCUGGAGGACCAGACCAGCGCUACCAGGCACAACACUACGAGACCACCUACGCUAUGGUGCAAUGCUUCCCCUUGCUCACCUACCUCAGGGCACUCAACCUUACCAAGGUUGAUCUGUUGUCGCUUGAUGUAGAGGGAGCAGAGAAGAUGAUCCUUGACACAAUACCCUGGAAAUCUGUUGACAUCUCCAUCAUGUUGAUAGAACAUCAUGGUGAUGUUAAAGGCAAAGAUCUGAAGUUCGUUGACAGCGUCCAGGAUAAAGGAUAUGAUUUAUUCGAUUAUCAGAUAGACAAAGAUAACAUUGGUGACUAUAUAUUUGUUAAGAAAGGUUACCUGUAAU